GUCUGGCGAUUUUCGGCAUCUUAGGCUGCAGCACGGACAGGGUUGGCAAGAACAAACAUUGGACAGCGACUAGACCGGCAAAUGGCACGUGGAGGCUGUCACGGAGCCCAGUCUGGCUUGUUUGUCAGGCACGGUCAUCUCCAUGUGUCGAGUCGAGUUGGGCAGACGCCUCGGCUCAACGACAACAGCCGUUCCCCAUUUCCCAUGAUGCUCGCAAAUAGAUUAAUACCGACUCUGCGACCCGCAGUCUGGUGUUACCUGUCACCUGCAUAGCUUUCUAAUAGUUCGCUCCUGUUGCAGAUCCAAGACACCCGGUUCCACAAUGGCGACGCCCUCGCUCCAAACGCCGCUCUCGAAGCUCCUGGGGAUACAGUACCCCAUCAUCCUUGCCGGCAUGGCGCGAACAUCGGGCGGUCCACUCGCAGCGGCUGUCUCGAACGCAGGCGGACUCGGCGUCAUUGGCGGCCUCGGCUACACGCCGCAGCAGCUGCAGUCCAUCAUCGACGACCUGAAGAGCAACCUGACGGACAAAUCCCUCCCGUUUGGCGUCGACCUCGCGCUCCCGCAGGUCGGCGGCAGCGCGCGCAAGACGAACCACGACUAUACACACGGCCAGCUGGACGACCUGAUUGAAGUCACGAUCAAGAACGGCGCGAAGCUGUUCGUCAGCGCGGUUGGUGUGCCGCCCGCGCGCACUAUCAAGAGACUGCACGAGGCGGGCAUUCUGAUCAUGAACAUGGUCGGACACCCCAAGCACGCCGUCAAGGCGCUGGACGCGGGCGUCGACAUCGUUUGCGCGCAGGGCGGCGAGGGCGGCGGUCACACGGGCGACAUCUCAAACAGCAUCCUGAUCCCCGCGGUUGUCGACGUCGCACGCAGAUACAAGUCGCCGCUCACCGGCGAGCCCGCCAUGGUGGUCGCCGCGGGGGGCAUCUACAACGGGCGCAGCCUGGCGAGCAGCCUGAUGCAGGGCGCGCAGGGCGUGUGGGUGGGCACACGCUUCGUCGCAUCCACGGAAGCCGGGUGCUCGCAGAUGCACAAGGAGCACGUGGUAUCCGCCGACUUCACCGACACGGGGCGCACGCUCGUCGUGUCCGGGCGGCCGCUGCGCGUGCGCUACAACGACUACAUCAACGACUGGCACGCGCGCGAGCCCGAGAUGAAGGCGCUGCUGGACAAGGGCGUGGUGCCGCUCGCGCAGGACAUGGACGACGGCAAGGACGUGGAUAUUCCGUUCCUGAUGGGGCAGGUCGCGGGCGUGAUUCAGGAUAUUCAGCCCGCGGCGCGCAUUGUCGAGGACAUGGUGGCUGAGGCGGUGCACAUGCUGAGGCUGGGGCAGACGUUUAUUGCGGCGGCGCCGGGGGGGAGCAAGCUGUGAGUGAGUGGGAGUGCAAUAAGCAGGGUCAUGAGCAGGUGGGGAGUGCAAUAGGCAGGCAACAAGCAUGCGGUAAGCAGUGCAGUGCAGUAAACAGUGCAGUUCAGUAAAC